AUGGCUCCUACAGGGCUGCCCUGCCUGCUCCCACUGUGUGCGUGUCUGCUGCUCACACCUGGCCUGGCCGAGGCAGGCAAGCUGCUGGUGGUGCCCAUGGAUGGGAGCCACUGGUUCACCAUGCGGUUGGUUGUGGAGAGACUCAUCCAGAAAGGACAUGAGGUGGUUGUGGUCAUGCCAGAGGUGAGCCGGCAACUGGGAGAACUAGAAAAUUGUACAACAAAGAUUUAUAGAACUUCUUAUUCCUUGAAGGAUUUGGACCGUGAGUUCAUGUAUUUUGCCAAUGAUCAAUGGGAAAAUCGGAGACAAACUUUAUAUUCUCUUUUAUUGACAUCAGCCAGAGGUGUUUUUGAGUUAUUUUUUUCACAUUGUAGGAGUUUGUUUAAUGACCAACAAUUAGUAGAAUACUUAAGAGAAAGCUCUUUUGAUGCUGUGUUUCUGGAUCCUUUUGAUAUGUGUGGCUUAAUAGUUGCCAAGUACUUUUCACUCCCCUCAGUGGUCUUCAGCAGGGUGGUAUUUUGCCAUUAUCUUGAAGAAGGUGCACAGUGCCCUGCUCCUCUUUCUUAUGUUCCCAGAGGUCUCUUAGGGUACUCGGAUGCCAUGACUUUCAAGGAGAGACUACGGAACACUCUCUUCCACUUGGAGGAACACUUGUUGUGUCCCUAUUUUUACAAACCUGCCUUAGAAAUUGCUUCUGAAAUCCUGCAGACACCUGUCACAGCAUCUGAUCUCUUCAGCCACACGUCAGUCUGGUUGCUGCGAAAUGACUUUGUUUUGGAAACUCCCAGACCCCUGAUGCCUAACAUGAUCUUCAUUGGGGGCAUCAACUGCCACCAGGGAAAGCCAUUGCCUAAGGUGAGUUGUCUCUCCUGUAGCAGAAUAGGCAUAAUCUGGUUUUGGAUCAAAAAAAAAUAUUCCUUACUGGACUAUGAAUUCUUAUUUACGUUCAUCAAAUUUGGAAUUGCUUUCUGGUUUAAUGAAUUAUUUUGUGUUAAUGCACUUAACUGUGAAGUAGCAAACUGUCAUUUGAUACACACAUAUACACACUUAAUAUAG